GUUUGUCUGCUUCAUCCUGUUCACUUCAGAGGUAAGAAGAGACUUAUGUCCACUGAGUAAUAAUUUCAUUCAGAGGAAGUACAAUGGUUCCCUUACUGCUGUUACUGCUGCUGUCCGAAUCGCUGGCUGACCAAGUUUGUCUCAACAUUUCAGAUGGUAACAUUGCUAUCAACAUGAUGGACCCUAUUUUUAACAUGACUACCAUCGUAGACAAGAGGUCUGGUUCUGUGAACUGCUCGGCGAACGAUUUUCCAUGCCUCUUUGAAUGCACGUUCAGCAAUGUGACCUGGUUCAAUGGAUCAUCUGAGUGCUUUGAGGCCAGUGUGACACCACCACCUCCCGCGUAUAAGAUCAGCAUGGGACAAUAUAGCAUUUGCCAUCUAUACCCAUGCGAGAACAAUACCAUCUUGCCAAUAGUUGAAAUGCUGAAUACUGACAGCUCUUACCAGAAGGACAUGAUGAAACUCUUCUACAUUAAGUCUUCAUGUUUAGAGCUUUUCACUAUCAACCAUGGAGUCAAGAAAGCCUUUUUAAGUGCGGAAAGACAGAUGAUCCAUAACAUCAUGGGGACGUCCAAGUUUGAGUCUGGAGGCUCCGUCGACCACAAUCUGAAGUUCUUGUCGCUGAAUGUGGUCAACAUCAGCGAUGCUGAUCUGAACUUCUUCAACCUCAGGAUCCAGAUAGCAGCUCCACAGCUGCUGCCUGAGAACGAGUCAUUUAUCCCUGACAUUUGGCUGCCUACUCAUGCCUUGGCCGCCAUCCCAAUGGAGGAGAGGGUCAUUGGUGUGGUCAGCUACAUGCAUCACAGCCAGUUCCAAUUUGAAGAGGAAGAAAUCUCAUCAAUGGUUCUCAGGAUAGAGCUACUGGGCGAACAACGCCUUAAGGAUCUGAAGACGCCAAUCAAGAUGACUUUCAGAACUCCACACACAGAUAUAGAUAAUGGCUCACGGUUUCAGUGUCACUAUUUUGAUGAAGAUGAUUGGCUCUGGAAAACGGAUGGAUGUGAGACAAAUGAUAGCCAAACUGACAUUGUUUGCUACUGUAACCAUGCAACACCCUUUGCCAUCCUACUGGUGAGGGACCCAAUUGCAGCAAUCCACUGGGAGAUCCUGUCGUACAUCAGUUACAUAGGCUGUGGCCUGUCUGCGUUCUUCACUGCGUUGUCCCUCGUGAUAUACGUCUUCAGUCGAAACCACAGGAUGGAUUACUCCAUCUCUAUCCACGUGUCUCUGAGCGGUGCCCUGUUUCUGCUCAAUACAACCUUCCUGCUGACCGAGUGGGGGGCCACGGUGAAGCCAAACUGGGUGUGUGUGUUCGUCGCGGCUCUCAUGCAUUACUCCUUGCUCUGCUGUUUCACCUGGAUGGCCAUCGAGGCGCUUCACCUCUACCUGCUGCUGAUAAAGGUGUUUAACACCUACUUCAAACACUACCUGGUCAAACUGUCUCUCGCUGGAUGGGGGAUCCCUGGUGUAAUCGUGUUGGUCUCUUUGGGAGUGAAGGACUUCAAACAGUUUUACGGAGUUACAGAAAUGACCAUGGCUGAUACAAACCAAACUAACGCCAUCUGCUGGAUCACUGAUGACUCCUUCUUCUACUCCUUGAACCUGGUGUAUUUCACCCUGAUAUUCGUCUUCAACUCUGGCAUUUUGAUGGUGGUGGCGUCCAACAUCUGCAAGAUGAAACAGGUGUUCAGGAGCAACACGAAGCUUGGGGCAGAGGCCGAUGGGAAGACUCCGAGAGACUCCGAGAGGUUCAAUGAGACCUGCAGGAGUGGCCUCACUGUGAUGGGUCUUACCUGCCUGAUGGGGACCACCUGGGGCCUGGCCUUCCUGGGAUCAGGAUAUGUCAACUACCCCAUCCUCUACCUCUUCUGCAUCCUCAACUCCACACAAGGUUUCUUUAUUUUCCUGUGGAUCUGUCUGUCUGCCAAGAAGCAGAGAAAGAGAGACAUGGAGGACAGACUGACUUCGAGUGCUGUGAAGACUUCUGGAGUCAAAUAUGAAUAGACCUUCUUUCCUGCCAUUAGUCCAGUUGAUAAAGCCCUGAUGUAAUCAUUGAUAGCAUAGCAACAGAAACUCCCACAUGUAACCCUCCUGACAUGUUAGGUUGAUGUAAACAUUGUUCUCUGUAAAUUCAUAAUUGUCCUCACUUAAACAUGCUUUUUUUGGUUUAGCUUCAAGUGUGAUUUAAAGGGGACAUAUCGUGCAUAUUUUCAGGUUCAUGCUUGUAUUUUGGGGCUUCUACUAGAACAUGUUUACAUGCUUUAUUGUUUAAAAAAAUACUUUAUUUUUCUCAUACUGUCUGUCUGAAUAUACCUGUAUUCACUUUCUGUCUGAAACACUCCGUUUUAGUGCCUGUCUCUUUAAGAUACCCCUCCUGAACAAGCCCAGUCUGCUCUGAUCGGCUUGCGAGAAAAUUACGGUGCACCUUUUCAAAGGUAGUUCUCCAGCUGUGGGCGGUAUAUUCUAAUGAGCCUGCAUGUGACAUAGGAAGGGGAGCCACAUCUGAAUGGCUUGUUGUUGUUGUUGUCACAUGUUUUCUGGUCUAGACUGACUGGAUUGUCUUAUUAUUUCACAGUUUGUGGGUUGGCAGACACUGAAGAAGUGAGUUUUUCAUGAUAUGUCCCCUUUAAGUAAAGCUGUUUCCUACUGUAGAAUAUUGUACAUGUGUUUUUGAAUAAAGUCUUAAAGAGGG